UUAUGAUGCAACGGGAGCAACAGAAAGAGCCUUUUGAUGAACUCAAGGCUGAAAAUGACAACCGGAAGAAGGAUAUUGCAAGUUUGCAAGGAAAGGUAGAACAACUCCAGGAGUCUCUUGCGCAACUAAGGAAAGAGAAGGCUGACAGUGACAUAGAAAAAAAGCUGCUGGAGCAGAGGAAUAAAUAUCCUGAAGGGGUGCAAAACUUGUCUGGAGAUGAAACCCCUGACAGAGAACGUAUCAAAAGCUUACUUGAAUCCCUUUCAAAUAUGGGUAUUUCCCACAAUGUCACACCUCAUCUGCUGAAGUCGACUGCAGUGGACAACACCUUUGUUCUACAAUGUAUACAUCUGAAGUAUGACAAAGACAGAGUCAAUCUCGAAAAAGUCCACAUCAACACAGAAGGAGACCUGGUCAACUGGAAGUCUGACACCAGACCUGCACGGGAGGGGAGACUGAAGACGUACACUGGCACAUGUAGCACUGCCCCCCUCCCCCGGACUGGCUGUCCCCAGUACUGGGAGGUAAUGAACAGGGUCAGUCUGCACAAACCACUCACAGAGGAGGCCCUCAUCCUGGAGGUGUGUGUGUGCAGGGAGGAGCAGAGGGACGUGUCUCAUUGUAUCAAUCCACAACCCAGCUCCUACAGCCUGGAUGUCGCCUACUGUACUUCACACGGCGGGAUAUGCAGGAAGGCAUGGAAGGAGGAGAAGCGUGUGCUUUGUCUGCCUGACAUUCUCCCCAACACAGCAGGGGCAUCACACACACUACAUUACGGUGUUGUCUAUGAUGACGUCAGGAAGAAGAUUGUCUUCAUUGAUGUGAAGGAGAACAAAGUGAUGUCGACGUUAGACAAUGUAGACUCUAGUCAGCCACUGUGGCCGAUGUUCGGGGUGUAUAACCCAUCUCUCCUCACUGUCAACAUGACACUUGUAGUGGGCAGCGACAUCAACAUGACAGAGGAGAAGAAAGCAAUGAUUGUCAAGGCGCUGUCGUGAUGGUAACAAUGAUUCUAAAGGCGCUGUCGUGAUGGUGGCAAUGAUUGUCAAGGCACUGUCGUGAUGGUGACAAUGAUUGUCAAGGCGCUGUCGUGAUGUCGUGGCGUGAGUGAGGUGGCCAUGAUGUGGAUAAUGAACAAAUAUAGACUUGUAGAUAUUUACUACUCAGAAACAACUAUAUGACAAACAAAUAACUUAUGUAUGACGGGAGGCUUUCAGUAUGAGCUGACUGUAUAAAAUAUCCUCGUGUAUCCAUGUAGUGGCCAUGUAUUCUACUCACAGUUAAAAACAACUGUCAUUGAAAAUUAUGAAUAGUUAAGAUGAAACAGAUAGUAUUUUCCAGUUACUGACUAUCAGUCUGAAGGCAACACACAUCCAAUGAUACCACACAAGAAUGAAAUAACUGAAGCGUUCGUAAAAUGCACGAGAUCAACAAUUUUGAGAGGCAGAUAGUGACAACAAAGAUGAAAACAAUAUAUUGUGACUUACUAUAAAUACAAGUGAGCGAGUGAGUUGAGUUUAACGCCGCUUUUAACAGUAUUCCAGUA